UUUUCUUCCAAUCCUGGUGCAGUUUUUAUUUUGCUGCUGUGUUUGGUUUUUUUUUUUGGUUCAUCUUUUGGGGGAUUUGCAAACCGAAUUACAUGCAUGUCCAGUGGGGGAAGGUUUAAUUUUGACGAUGGAGGGUCUUACUGUGGAGGAUGGGAGGACGGAAAGGCUCACGGCCAUGGAAUCUGUACUGGCCCGAAGGGUCAAGGCGAGUAUUCAGGAUCCUGGAGUCACGGCUUUGAGGUGCUGGGGGUCUACACCUGGCCCAGUGGCAACACUUACCAGGGCACCUGGGCGCAGGGCAAGCGCCAUGGCAUUGGCGUGGAGAGCAAGGGGAAGUGGGUGUACAAAGGAGAGUGGACCCAUGGAUUUAAGGGACGGUACGGGCUCCGAGAAUGCACCGGCAACGGGGCCAAAUAUGAAGGCACCUGGAGCAAUGGAUUACAGGACGGCUACGGCACAGAGACCUACUCGGAUGGAGGGACAUACCAGGGCCAGUGGGUCGGCGGGAUGCGCCAAGGCUACGGCGUCCGGCAGAGCGUUCCCUACGGCAUGGCUGCGGUUAUCAGGUCGCCCCUGAGGACGUCCAUUAACUCGCUGCGCAGCGAGCACACCAACGGCACGGCGCUGCACCCCGACGCCUCGCCCGCGGUGGCCGGCAGCCCCGCCAUCUCCAGGGGCGGCUUCGUCCUCAUGGCCCACAGCGACGCCGAGAUCCUCAAGAGCAAGAAGAAGGGCAUCUUCCGGCGGUCCCUGCUGAGCGGGCUCAAGCUGCGCAAGUCCGAGUCCAAGAGCUCCCUGGCCAGCCAGCGGAGCAAGCAGAGCUCCUUCCGCAGCGAGGCGGGCAUGAGCACCGUCAGCUCCACUGCCAGCGACAUCAACUCCACCAUCAGCUUGGGAGAGGGCGAGGCAGAGCUGUCCGUCAUCGAGGACGACAUCGAUGCCACCACCACCGAGAUCUACGUGGGCGAGUGGAAGAACGACAAGCGGUCGGGCUUCGGGGUCAGCCAGCGCUCGGACGGGCUGAAGUACGAGGGGGAGUGGGCCAACAACAAGCGCCACGGCUACGGCUGCAUGACCUUCCCGGACGGCACCAAGGAGGAAGGGAAGUACAAGCAGAACGUCCUGGUCAGCGGCAAGCGGAAGAACCUCAUCCCGCUGCGGGCCAGCAAGAUCCGCGAGAAGGUGGACCGGGCCGUCGAGGCAGCGGAGAGGGCGGCCACCAUCGCCAAGCAGAAAGCGGAGAUCGCGGCGUCCAGGACCUCCCACUCCCGGGCGAAAGCGGACGCGGCUGUGACAGCAGCGCAGAAAGCUCAGGAGGAAGCUCGGAUUGCCAGGAUCACUGCCAAAGAGUUUUCACCUUCCUUCCAGCACAGGGAAAAUGGGCUCGAGUGCCAGAGGCCAAAGCGUCAGAAUUCAAGCGAUGACAUCGAGGUCCUCUCCACGGGGACCCCUCUCCAGCAAGAAAGCCCGGAGCUGUACCGGAAAGGGACCACCCCUUCAGACCUCACUCCCGAUGACAGCCCCCUGCAAAGCUUCCCCGCCAGCCCCACCUCCACCCCGCCGCUGGGUCCCUCCUGCCGGAACAAGAGCGCCCAUUUCUCCAGACAGGUCUCGGUGGACGAAGAGAGGGGUGGGGAGAUCCAGAUGUUGCUGGAGGGACGAGGCAGGGACUACUUAAGACCCAACAGCUGGAGCGAAGACAAAGCGGGUGGGACUCGUGGCAUUAGAAGUGGGGCCCUGCGCAGUGGUCACCUGGGGUCCUCCUCCAUCCCCGAAGACUACAGAGGCCGGAGCGGAGGACACAAACACAUGGCCUCCAACCACAAGCAAAGAGAGAGGUGGACAGAUUCCCCCGCCACAGUGUCUUGGACUUCCCACCAUCGGCCCCACAACCACAGCUCAGGGAGCUCCAAGCUGCUUGAGCUGGACGAGGAGAAGAUGAGCAAUUACGAGAUGGAGAUGAAGCCCCUCAUGAGGAUGGAUUCUUAUAUGCAAGAGAUUCACACCCAAAAAAGACACUAUAGCAAAGCCGGCCCCUGCAGGAGCCUGGCGGAGGACCACCGUGGGGAAGACCGGGGCUUCGGGGUUCAGAGAUUGAGGUCUAAGUCCCAGAACAAAGAGAAUUUCAGGCCAGCUUCCUCUGCCGAGCCGACAGUGCAGAAACUGGAAAACCUGAGGUUCGGUGACAAAGGGGAACCCCGGCUACUACGGUGGGACUUAACCUUCUCCCCGCCACAGAAAUCCUUACCUGUUGCACUAGAGUCCGAGGAGGAGAACGGGGAUGAGCUCAAAUCCAGUACGGGCUCCGCUCCCAUCCUGGUAGUCAUGGUGAUCUUACUCAAUAUUGGAGUCGCCAUUUUGUUUAUUAACUUUUUCAUCUAACUCGAGACUGUCUCGUUUGCAAAAAUAACAGUUACACGUACGAACGGGGGGAAAAAACAAACCAAACCAGAACAACAACAACAACAACAAAAAAUAACAAUAAAAAAGGGAAGGAGCAGAACUCAAACUGUCCGACGACUAUUUCCGAGUCUUUUCACAGAAGAACAACAAAAGAUUGAGUCUCACUCACAGUUUGCCUUUUUUCCUGGGUAAUGUUUUUUGGAUUUUAGCCAAAAUUCUUUGCUUGUACAACACUAUGCUGUGUGGCAUGGCCGAAUGCGAUCAACUCUGACCCUCCCGACACCGGAAAGGAUGAGAAGGGAUCCCAGCAAAAUCCGAAUCCACGUGUUGGAGAAAAAAAAGGAAGGCGAACGGGGAUAACCGAAUUACCAAGCGGGGAGAUUGCGGGCAGGUGGAGCAGACUUUUUUCCCGGGGGCACGAACUGCGGCCCCUGAAGGGCUCCGAGCUGAGUCUUUUGGGGGGAAACGCAACGGCUUUGGUUAUGAAGUAGACAGAGAGAAAAAAAAAGAUAUCUCCCCUCUCGCCCCUGGCCCUCUCCAGACAACAGAUGAGCCACUCGCAGCUUUCUUCCCCUCUCUUCCCAACCCACACAAUGGUGGGAAGAGGAGCAAGGGAGGUUUUGGGGGGGAGCGGGAUGGGUCCCCCCAGCUCCAUAGGGUCAGAGGUGUGUAGUUUGGAAGCCAGUCAUGAAGCAAUGACCAGUUUGCUCAAUGGGGUUGGGGAAGGGAAACCCCCCCCCUCCUUUCCUCACUCCCUUUUCCCAGCGGCUCCCUCCUCCAUCCAGACCAACGAUGCCCAAAGCCAACUUUUCCUCGGUACAAAUCCCCCCCCAGAGUUAAUCACGUGGCAGCUUACGAUGCCUCCCCAACACACACACGUGCACACGUCAGAAGUGGCAAUACUCAAACGGAGCGGUCCAGCAUCCCAUCCCAACCCGCAGCCACUCACACGCGCCCAGAGACUGCGAGGAAGCCGUGCGGCGAGGGCCGCGGGUCGGACCCGGGGGAAGGCGUCUGGGCAGGGGAGGCAGGAGGGUGGCGGGCAUGCCUCUGACAUCUUGCUGUGGACCAUUUCAGACAUCGUGCUUGGGCUCUGAGCAUGUUGCGUUUUGCACUGUGUAUGCAGGAUGUAUAUCCCAGCUUCCGACAUGUCCCUGUGAAAAAAAAGAAACCCUUCAUUGGCACUGGCAGCCUCUAAGGAUGUAUUCUUUUCUAUCUGUCACUGGAUUCGUUUGUUUAUAACAUCUUUGUAAUAUGCCUGCCUGGAUUUCUUCUUCUUUUCUGUUUCUUCCUUUUUUUUUUUUUUUAAUCCCUCUCCCUUCCCCGAUGAUAUGCGUAUUCAUUAAAGAUGCAGCAUCCCUGUUCUGAGUUGUUCUGAUCCCAACGAUAAGAGUGUGGUUUAGCUCAAUUGCUUGGAAAUCGCUGAAAUCCUGUCGCAUCUCAAAACCAGCGGUACCGGUUCUUCUCCUCCCCCCUCCGCCCCGACACUACGACCCCGUGCAGGCCACCCCCGUCCGAUAUAUCAGCUUUGCUCGACGAUCCUCCCACCACAAGAUACGACUCAAAAUAGUCAGCUGCCCGUCUCCGACACUGUCUCAGGACCCCGUUCUGCCCUCGGUCACAUCCCCGCACCGCAGCGGGUAACUGGGUGCAGAACGCAGCCCGGGCACCGUCUGUCCUCUAGGUUUUAUCUGUGGGAAAUCCUCCUCCGCAUUUCACACACAGAGCUGUUGGGUACAACCCUGACUUGUGGACUCAGCUUUGCUUUGCUUCUGUUUUAGCUGUCUCUCUGCUACCUUUUCAGCAGAUUUCUUUAUUACACUGCACUGGAUUGCUAUAUUUUUAACCAGAAAUAAACUCAACAUUAGAGCAUGUGCCAGUUAAAUUCAGUUCUUUUCCUUCCAUGGUCGCUCUCAUUCCCCCGGCGGCUUUUCUUUUCUUUUUCGGUUGGAGGGCGUGCAGGGGCGGGGGGGUGGAAGGGGUGGAGAGCACCAAGGUGUUUUCAUUCUCCGCUCCCUGCUUUUGUACACCCCGUUUUUGGUUUUUGUUUCCUAGUCAUCUCUUUCUUUUUUUUUCAAAAUGGAACGGUUGCUGCAGACCUGAAGUGAACCAAAUAAUGAUAUAUUGUCAUGGCAGCCCUAGGAAAUCAUACAUGCUGCGAUAUGUGUUUUGUAAUUCUGUUUGCAACUCUUUGUAACGAUUCUAGAGAACUUUUUUUGUACGUUCCCGUAAGUGCAUGACACAAAGGUACCUACAGAAGCAGGUUACAUAGUUACAUGCAAACACAAUACAAUAUUUAGAUAUGUAUAAAACAGCACAAAAUGCAUAUCAUUAUCAAAUAAAAGUACUAGUGGUUUCAUGACUAGCCUUUU